CAGUAUAUGCAAAUUAAGUAUCUUGUUUGAAAUAGAAGGAUUCAUCAUAGAAUGAUUUUUUACAAAGAGCUUAUUCAAAGAACGCAAAUGACAAGAAAUAUAGUUUACGAUACAGAAGCAAUCAAUUUCACCGAUCAAGAUUGCGUAUAUAUUCUUGUCAACCAAAUCAUACGAGAUACUAAACUAUAUAAUUAUCUUUAUAAUUAUUGUAUUGAAUCAGUUCAUGAAUCGUAUAAUAUUUUGUGACUAAAUUUGCAAUAAGACAAGAAAUGAAAAGCAACGAAUCAGAAAUUGAUUAUGAGUCCUUUCCUCGCUUCGGGGUUUUGUGUAGUUUUUGAAAUCGCUGCUUCUUUUAUAUAUCUCUCAUUGACCCCAAAAAAUGUUAUCUACCCUUAUUUCUUUUUCAUAUCAGUUUUGAUACAACCAUAAUGACAAAACAUAUCGAUAUAGUUAUAGUUGGGGCAGGGAUCAUUGGAUUAUCGGCUGCUUACGCCAUAUUAGAAACCAUUGAUAAUUUGGAUUAUACCAUUCAUAUCAUUGCUGAAUAUGGACCUCAUGAUCGUAGCAAUCCUGAUUUAAUCAAAUAUAAACGGUAUACUUCACCUUGGGCAGGAGCUCAUUUCCGUCCAUUCCCCAGUUUAACAGAUCAAGAUUAUUAUGAAAGUAAAUUGACAAGAUUAACCUAUGAGAAAUUCAAAUUAUUAAGCUUAAUUAAGGAUAGUUCGAUUAAAUUAGUUAAAGGGAUUGAAUUUUUUGAAAGAGAUGAUAUUGAUGUCAAGAAUAAAGGAUAUUAUGAAGAUAUAGAUCAAUUCAAAGUAUUAGAUGAACGAGAUUUUCCCAAACAUUUACUGAAGGAGGACAAUUCUUUGAUUAAGAUUAAUUCUGGUACUAGUUAUUUAACUUGGGUUUUAAAUGCUCCUCAUUAUUUACAAUAUUUAUAUAAAAUCUUAGAUAAAAAUGAUAAAGUAAGAUUUAUCCAACGGAAAUUAUCCUGUUUGAAUGAAGUCAAUGAAAUCAUUGAUAAUUAUCCAAUUAUUAUCAAUUCAAGUGGUAAAGGAUUACAAUAUUUCACGGGUACUUCUAGUUCUAAUUAUGAUGAUCAAAGUUAUCCAAUUCGAGGUCAAACAUUAUUAAUUGAUCCACCACAAACAUCAACUACCGAUUAUUAUUUAAACCGUACUAUAACUCAUCAACUGAAAGAUGGAUUAUGGACAUUUAUAAUCCCUAGACCAUUAAAUGGAGGCAUAAUUUUAGGAGGUACUAAACAAAUUAAAGAUGAAGAUGAAUCAGUUAAACAAUCCGAUACUCAACAAUUGAUUAGUAGAGGUAAAGAAUUAUUUCCUCAAUUAAUGAAAGUUAAUGUCACUACUGGGGAGAAAUAUUUUGAUAUUAAGCGGAUUAAUGUUGGAUUUAGACCUGCUAGAAUUGGAGGAUUUAAUAAUUCAAUUGAAUAUAAGGAUGUUAAAAACAAGAAAUUGAAUCAUGUGUUGAAUAAUUAUGGAGCAGGAGGAAUGGGAUAUGAAUUAAGUUAUGGAGCUGGAGUUGUUAUAAGUGAUAAUUUAAAGAAAUUGAUUGAAUUUGAUAACUUAAAUAGUCAUUUAUAGAUCAUUAGAAGUUAUUACUUGGUAGCAUCGUAUAUAUAAUUAUGUCAUCUCAUCUCAUACAAUUAAUAUAUAUCUAUAUAUACAUAAUGGGAAAGUGUUUUAUACAGUACCUGAAAAUAUUGCUGCACCAACCAACCAACCAAUCGCCCAUCAACCAAUCAAUCACAACGUGUAUGUAUGUAGAUAAUAUUUUUAUUACUAUAGAAACAGUUUAACUGACGAUAUUUUAAUAUGAUGAUGAUUUACUAAGGUCCAAGAUUUACUAUCUAUAUAUAUAUAUCUAGUUGAUCAAUGGUUAUGGUAUGUUGUAUCCUGGUGCUGUCAAAUGUCAGAUUUACAUAAAUAUUAUAACAAUAGCAACUUUAGCGUAUAUUAUAAUAGCUAAGAAUUAAUUAAUAUGGUAAACUAAUUAUACGAGAUGAUAAGAUGAUGUAAAAUACCGAGAUGAAAUGAUAAAAUUAACGCUGUAUGUGUGUUAAACUUA